AUACUAUGCAGCAGACACAACCACCCGAUGGUUGCCGAAACGUGAGCGACCGGUAACCGUGCUCGCCUCGUUCCGAUUCGUUUCCAUGUCUUAAAAGCAUGCAUCUACGAAAUUUCUCGAUUAUAUUCUAAAGUUAAAAAUGCGAACGGAAGAAUCCGAUUCAUACCUGCAAAUAGGAACAUUCAGUUUCGUAAUUCAAAAUGUUUUAUUCAACGUUAUCGUUUCUAUUCCGUUGAGCUGCACAGCCUUUUCGAACAUGUCCGGUGCAGCGACGAGCAGAACCGUGGAGACCAAAGUGUACGAGGGCCAAAAGCCGGGUACCUCUGGUUUGCGGAAAGCUGUUAAGGUCUUCAUGCAAGAACAUUACACGGAAAAUUUCGUUCAAGCUAUACUCGAGGCGCUUGAUAAUCAGUUGGUCGGUAGCACGUUGGUUGUAGGCGGCGAUGGAAGAUAUUACGGCAAAGAGGCCAUUGGGAAAAUUAUCAGGAUCGCGGCGGCUAAUGGAGUGAAGAAGUUAAUAGUUGGCCAGAAUGGGAUAUUGUCGACCCCGGCAGUUUCUACUAUAAUAAGGAAAUAUAAUACUCAAGGAGGAAUUGUCCUGACCGCGUCUCAUAAUCCUGGUGGCCCUGAUGCCGAUUUUGGGAUUAAAUUUAAUUGCAAUAAUGGUGGUCCAGCCCCAGAUAACGUGACAAAUAAAAUUUACGAAAUAACCAAGCAACUGAAGAACUAUAAAAUUGCUCCUGAUAUAAAUGUAGACAUAGAUAAGAUACAGAACACUGUUGUUCAGGUUGAUGGACAUGACUUUACAGUUGAAGUGAUAGACUCUGUGAAUGAUUACUUAGAAUUUAUGAAAGAUAUCUUUGAUUUCUCGAGCAUUAAGAGUUUGCUUCAGGGAAGCAGUAGUAGACCUGCCUUUAAGGUUCUCAUUACUGGAAUGAAUGGGGUUACUGGGCCGUAUAUUAAAAGAAUAUUUAGCAACGAAUUAGGUGUUGAUAAUUCAAGUCUUGUUAAUACAACUCCAUUAGAAGACUUUGGAGGACUUCACCCUGACCCCAACUUAACAUAUGCCAAAGACUUAGUGAAUGCUGUAAAGAAUGGUCCAUACGACUUUGGUGCUGCUUUUGAUGGAGAUGGGGACAGGAACAUGAUUAUAGGCAAGAACGCAUUCUUCGUUACACCAUCUGACUCAUUAGCUGUAUUAGCUGCUAACUUAAACUCAAUACCGUACUUCAAGAAGACUGGUGUUAAAGGAUAUGCUAGAUCUAUGCCAACAGGUGCUGCUGUAGACAGAGUUGCAGCUAAAACCGGUGUUAAGCUUUUCGAAGUACCCACAGGCUGGAAGUAUUUUGGUAACUUAAUGGAUGCUGGGCAUCUGUCGCUCUGUGGUGAAGAAAGUUUUGGCACUGGUUCUGAUCAUAUUCGCGAGAAAGAUGGAAUAUGGGCGUGUCUUGCAUGGCUUAGCGUAAUUGCAAGUGUUGGUAAAUCUGUAGAAGAUAUAUUGUUAGAUCACUGGCAAAUAUAUGGAAGGAAUUUCUUCACUAGGUAUGAUUAUGAAAAUUGUGAGUCUGAAGGGGCAAAUAAAAUGAUGCAGUACAUUGAAACGACAAUUCAGAAGCCUGAAUUCGUUGGUUCAAAGUUGACAUCUGGAAGCAAGACGUAUGUUGUUAAAUUAGCUGACAAUUAUUCCUACGUAGAUCCUAUUGAUGGGAGCCAAGCCAGUAAACAGGGAUUGCGAAUACUGUUCGAAGAUGGUUCCCGUAUAAUAUACCGUCUGUCCGGUACUGGAAGUUCCGGUGCCACUAUUCGUGUGUACGUUGAUAGUUACGAAGAUGAUCCAACAUCUUUCAAGAAAGAUGCUCAAGAAGUUCUGAAAACAUUAGUUGAUAUUGCACUAGAGUUAAGUAAAUUGCGUGAAUACACCGGACGCGAUGCACCAACCGUAAUCACGUAAUGAGAAAUAAAUACUCGUUGUUGUUAACUU